AAUCGACUCCUAUUUUGCAAGCAAGAAAAAUUCCACCGGCCUCUUUCCCCCCCUGUUACCCAGGCUUCCUCACGAGGAGGAGCCAUGACUCGGCGAUGACGGGGAGGGAGUGGGCGAAGCAGGAAAUGUCAGAAGCGGCCACGGCUCGGUUGGUUGCCGGCUUGGCUCUCUCCGGGACAGAGUCGGGCCUUGGUCUGAGGCCUUGGCAGGGAACCCGCUGAGGGGACGAGACCACGACGAAGCGCGCCGCUGUCCAGGGCUCCGCCGCUGCCGAGGCUUGGCUUUUGUGAGGUGAUGGAGCUCGCCUGGGCCUGGCUAUGAUACUCUUUUAUAAAUGAAGUAUACAUUCUGUCUGGACUCAGUGGAUAAUAAUGAGUGGUGCAGCUUUGGGCAUUGAGAUAGUAUUUGUCUUCUUUCUGGCUUUAAUCAUAUUACAUCGGUAUGGAGACUUCAAAAAACAACACAGACUUGUGAUCGUAGCAACAUUACUAGCUUGGUAUCUUUGCUUCCUCAUGAUCUUUAUAUUGCCUUUGGAUGUCACUACGACAAUAUACAAUCGAUGUAAGCUUGCUUUAAAUUCCAGUCCAUCUGAAAGUAGCAUCAGCAAUGGAUCGCAUGCACCACCCACUGAAGGGAAACGUGAGUGUUUCAAACCAUGGAGCUAUAUUCCUCCUGGAAUCAUGCCUGUCUUCUGGCGUGUUGUGUACUGGACAUCACAGUUCUUAACAUGGAUUCUGUUACCCUUCAUGCAGUCCUAUGCUAGGUCAGGAGGCUUUUCCAUUACUGGAAAGAUUAAAACUGCAUUAAUUGAAAAUGCAAUAUAUUAUGGCACAUACCUUCUAAUUUUUGGAGCAUUUUUAAUAUAUGUGGCCGUAAACCCAAACUUCAGCCUGGAAUGGAACCAACUUCAGACCAUUGGAAUAGCUGCUGCCAACACUUGGGGUCUCUUUCUUCUUGUCUUGCUGCUAGGGUAUGGCCUGGUUGAAAUUCCACGUUCUCAUUGGAAUGGAGCAAAGAAAGGUUAUCUUCUGAUGAAGACUUAUUUCAAAGCUGCAAAGCUGAUGACUGAGAAGGCAGAUGCAGAAGAAAACUUGGAGGAUAUAAUGGAGGCAAUUCGCAAAGUAAAUGAGAGUAUUAAGUACAACCACCCCUUAAGGAAAUGUGUGGACACAAUAUUGAAAAAGUGUCCUACUGAGUACCAGGAAAGAAUGGGUAGAAACAUGGAUGACUAUGAAGACUUUGAAGAAAGGCCUAAUGCUUAUCCAACAGAGAAGAGUCUGGUUAAACUUCAUAAGCAGGUAAUUUAUUCUGUUCAGAGGCAUUGUCGUACGCAAGUCCAGUGGCGGAUUCUUUUAGAGCAGGCCUUUUACCUGGAGGAUGUGGCAAAAAAUGAAACCAGUGCCACUCGUCAGUUUGUCCAUACUUUUCAGCCUCAGGAACCUGAAAACAAAAUUGUCCAGUAUCUCUAUACACCAGUUGUUGAAUGGUAUUGGGAGUGCCUCCUGCGGCCAUGGUUUCACAGGAUCCUUGCCGUUGUUUUGGCCACCUUUUCCAUCAUUGUCGUGUGGUCAGAGUGCACGUUCUUUAGCACAAAUCCUGUUUUGUCCCUGUUUGCAGGCUUCAUACAACUGGCAGAAAGGACUUACAACUAUUUCUACAUAGAGAUGGCAUGCUUCUUUACCAUCUUUUUCCUAAGUAUCUGCGUUUAUUCUACCGUCUUCAGGAUUCGUGUAUUUAACUAUUACUAUUUAGCAUCACACCAUCAGACGGACGCAUAUAGUUUGCUUUUCAGUGGCAUGCUGUUUUGCCGUUUGACUCCUCCAAUGUGCCUGAAUUUCUUGGGCUUGACUCAUAUGGAUUCUUCAAUUUCUCACCAAAAAAAUGAGCCAACUGCAUAUACAUCUAUUAUGGGAUCAAUGAAAGUAUUAUCCUUCAUUGCCGAUGGAUUUUAUAUCUAUUAUCCCAUGUUGGUUGUAAUUCUUUGUAUUGCUACUUACUUCAGUUUAGGAACUCGAUGUUUGAAUCUUCUGGGCUUUCAGCAGUUCAUGGGAGACAACGACAUGACCUCCGACUUAAUAGACGAAGGGAAAGAAUUAAUCAGAAGAGAAAAAAGAAGACGGCAAAGGCAGGAAGAAGGUGAAAAUAGAAGAAGAGAGUGGAAAGAACGAUACGGAAACAACCGGGAAGAUUCUGCUAGAAACAGAAAUGUUCAAGCGGACCAAAAAGAGUCUAGCUUCACAGAAACUAAUACAAAUAGAUCAGUUUCCUCUAAGUACACCAGAGCAAAUGGGAAGAAUGAAAGAGAUAGAAUUGAGUUACUGCAGGAUGCGGAACCCUUGGAUUUCAAUGCUGAUACAGUCAGUGAAGAUCCCCUUGACUCGGACUCAGGAAGGUAUCAGCCAGGCGGAAGAUAUUUGUCAAUGUCACGAAGCCGAAUAUUUGAUGACGUCUAAGGCCGUGCAACCCUUGAGUCUCACAUCCAUUGCUUUGGGGAAUGCUCUUUUUUUUUUUUUUUGGUAACAUAUCCUGCAACCAAAACAACCUCUCAAAAAAUGAAGGGUGGGGAAUGAAGGAACUUUAUUUUUCAGAAAUGCACUUUGUGUGAUGAGUUGCCCAAUUUGCUAUGGGCCAAGCGUCAGUCUGCAAAACUGGGACCACCUCAGCGGUGCCUUUCCCUUGUUUCCCCCUCAGUUCAAUAACCCAUCCCAUUGCUGCUCUCAUAAGACAAUAGUUGUGUGAGCUAUAGGUAGAUGCAGAGGAAAGAAAGAAUGGUGUGAUAUUAAAUGGAGUCUAGUGAAAGAAGGGUGGGAGUGGAGAGAAAGGAUACUAGGCAAGACAGCAUAGUGGCAGGGAGCUGGGUUCUUGAACCUGGUGUUGCUAUUACCCUGGCAAUAUCAUCUUUUGAACUGGAGAUUGCUCAGAAAGGCCUGAGAAUCAUCUGCUACAGUUCACUCAUGUGCUGGCAUCCACCGUGUGAUACGUACAAGACUGUCAAAAUCUCACAGCUUUUGAUUUGGAUCAGGGAAACAAUUCUAAAUUAAAGGCGAAUGUUUCAUUUUUAAAAAAGCCAAUGUAUAACUCAAGCUGAGCAGUUGUACUUUUGAGAUUCGGGUUUUCCAUUUUUCCCUGGAGGACUCUUGAUUUUUGAUAAAACGAUCUGUCGUCUAAUAUAGUCAUGUCAUCAGUUCUAA